CUACUAAUGCAGUGAUGUAACAUAGCAUAUGCUACAUUUAAAUUUGUUAUUGGGAGUUUAUCAAUGUUCUAGCGAUGGAAUCCCACCGAUGUACUUGAAGCCUGCAUUCCCCAGAGUAUGAAAACAGUCGUUCAACUACCUGUCGCUUUUGGAUCUAAUAAUAUCAACAAUAUAUCCAGCAAUAAUUUUGCAGGUACUUUUUCCCAAUUGGGAUGCAACGCUUGUCACAAAAAUCAAUCCCCAACGUUAAAGCAUACGAAAAAACGUCGAAAAUUUAGUACGAGUGGAUCUACAAGCUUUUUAUCACUCACUGAAACCUUUGCAAACAACAUAGAGCCUGGGAAACAUUCUCAAAAGAUGCAGAGUUUAAAGCCAGCUGGUAUAAAGCAAGAAAGCCUGAAGCAUGCACACAGCGAAGUUCAAAAUGAGUUUGCCAAAAACUUGGCCAAAGCUCUUGAGAAUGAACAUGGCAUAAUGCUACAGUGUUGCAUAACGUAUAGCAAGCCGUGCGGAUGCAUUCGGAAAUAUAUUCUUGGUGGAGAAAACUGGAAAGAGAAUUCAAAACUACAAUUAAGAAAUGCAGAUGACAUUGAUCCAGUAGCAGUUUCUGCUCAGGACCAAUCAAUGUUAGGAAAUAUCCAGCUCAACAGAGCCACAGAAUUAGUCGCUGUGUAUGAGCAUGCUGCCGAAUUGAAAAAAGAGAAAUGUUACGCUUUCAAUAAUGUAGAAGUUGAAGGAAAAUCACUCAAGGAAUUGAGAGGCAUGAUCGGACUUGGAAAUGGACGCAAGAGAUCAAAAAAGUAUGAAGACUAUGUAUUACAAAUGAGAACAAGACUUCGAAACCAAUACGCAUUGUGUGAGAAAGCGGCUCAAAAACUUCUGGGAUAUUCCAUCAAUUUUCUUUACAAAAAACUGAGAACCAAUCCCCAGAAAACUUCAAGGUUAGUGGCAACAAAUAAAGCUGAAAGAGCAUCGAAAGCUCCUCGACAUCUUAUCCCUCUGGAGGAGUUGAGAGAAAUGGGAAGAAAGGCCAACGGAAAUAAUCAAUGCUGUGGAAGGAACUGUAUAAGUCGUCUUGCUGCACAAAAUUUUGAGAAAAUCGAGGAUUGGAGAAAAAGAUUGGAAGGCAGUGGACAACGUGUCGCACAAGAAAUUGUUGCUGAAGUAUUAAGAGCUUCAUCAACAUCUCUCGAUGGCCAAAGCAGUUUUUGCCAGAAUCUCGUUCACUGGGUCACAGGAUGUAGUUUCAAGAAGAUUCGGCGAGUAAGAGAUCACUUGAAGAAAGAUCCACAAUCACUUCCAGAACACGGACUUAAAAAAUAUUGGAAGGACAAAGUUAAGAACAAACAGAAGUCCGAACCCCUAACGAAAAUAACACCAAAGACAGAAAUACCUGAUUUCCAAGAUGUAGACAUGAUGCAUACAGAUGGAAACAUUUAUGGGGCAUAUUACGGCCACAAUGUUCAAAUGCAGCAGCAAAACUUUGGCCUACCAAAUCAUUACAAUACCGAUGCUAUGUAUUCUGCUGUGGUAAAUGGCAAUUCGCAAAGAUUAUCUCAUUAUGCUCAACAAGGGCCAUCUGAAGCGAGAGAACAAACAGCAUCUGCGCAAUGGCCCGGAACUAAUUUGAAUAACAGUAAUAAUAUGAUGGCAGCGAGGGGUUAUGGAAUGUCUAAUACUGAUAAACCGAUAUUCGGUGUCGUACAGGCGGUCAUGCCUGGCGCUGCUUAUUCACAUAACCUUCACACGGAUAAAAAUCGAAAUACACCUGAUGUCACACAAAUGUCCACAAAUUCAUGUCAAUAUCAAAACGUCAGUCAGAACAGAGCAGCACAAACUCACACUCAGUCUACAAUGUACAGUACUCGUGCAGAUGAAGACAACGUACAAUUUCAAAACAGAUCAAGAAAGCUGCCACCUAGAACUAUGACUGCAUCGCCAUAUCAACCAGCAAACCCCACCGGUAUUCAAACAAAUCAGCAAUUUAAUCAGCAGCAACCAUCAUAUGCAAACAAUGCCCACCCUAUGAAAGAUCAAAAUGCGGACUCUAGAGCUAUGAUUCAACAACACGCUGGACAAAGUACAGCCAGGAGCAGUGUAAUACUACACACUGCAGGUUCCCAGCAUCAACAAGCACCUACUGUUUCAGAUCCUCCUCCGUACAACCAAGGAUCUCGUAUAGAGGGAAGGAUAGAUGGUUAUAAUGGUCAUCAAAUGGAUACUACGAAUCAAAACGACCUAGUCAGCAUGGCUUUUAAUUCAGGCCAAAUGUAUGGACAACAUUAUUACAUUGCAGCUGCUCCUAAUAACGGAUAUGAUGGCAGUUUCUUCCAUAAUGGUAUGCCUCAGGGUCUAACCCCUUUUGUUUUGUCACAACAAGGGGAAGAAAUGGAAAAUUCUGAUGAAAUGAAGAAUAGUGAUUCUUAUGGCUAUCCUAGGCAACCUGUGUAUAUUUUCAGUCCUAUCCCAGGUGACAAGGGCUUUACUCCUAGUGAUUUACAAGGUCUGAAACAACUGACACCUAUACAGUUGCUGCAAACACCCUAUCUCCCUCAGGGUAAAAAUCAGGGUGAUGGAAAUGGUGAAGGACACGGUGGCCAAGAGCCACAACGCUUUCUUUUCCCUAUGCCUCUUACGAAUCAAGAACCAUCUGCUGGUGAUUAUGAAAAAUCAGACGCAACAAACGUCGCGAAAAUUGAAAAUCAAGAUGGUGGAGCAAUGCAUCUGCCUAGUGGAGCUGCUCUAACACCAUUAGCAGUUGUUCAUAAUGCAAAUGGAGCAGCCCAAUUUGUCAAUCUUGGGUCUUGGGCAAUGCCUAACCAAUCUGAAAACGUUGAUAAUUCUCAUCAUACUGACACUCGUAAUACUUUAGGUAGCCAGCAAUGGCCUGUUUGGGCACUUCAGCAGUAUCCACCAAAUAUAAACUUGGAACAAGUACAAGGUCAGUCCCAUCUCAUGUACGACGCUUCACAGUUUCAUGGUUACGGAUCACAAUAUGCAAUAGGUCCAAUGCAUCCUGCUACAGUUAAUACAGAUAAAGCCAAUAGCACUGACACUUGGCAGCAUACCGAUGAAACAAAUAAAGAAAUUCCUGAAAUUCGUGAACAACCACAACUCGUUUCUAAUGUUCCGGGUGUUUAUCCACAACCUUAUGAACAAGGACUUAAUAAAUCAUCUUCGGAGAUCGAAAAAACCGCAGAGCAUGAUGAGUCUGAAGACAAGGAAGGAGAAGAAAUUGUCACACCAAAUAUAAUCAGAGAAGCCUUGUCAAAUAAAUUUGGAGCGAGAGUUGCUAGUGCUGGCGUCAAUGAGGAACCUACUGUUCCCAAGGUACCACCCCUAGCUCCUAUUCCAAAGAAAACUGCCAAUGCAGAGCCCAAACCUGCUCCACCACCACUAGAAAUGCCAAAAUUAGGGCCCAUUACAACACGGCCCGGUAAACAAGAAGAUAAUCGUACAAUAUCCGAAGACGAUAAUGAAGAACGUUGUGCGUCUAUUAGCACUCGGGUGAAACGAUUUAGCAGGGAUAGAUUGAGAGCAACGAUUGAUAGCCCCAAUAUUGUACUCACCCCAUUUACCCCACUAACUCCGAGCAUAACACCCGUAAUCAUUAUUCCUGACACGGGGGAUGCUGAUACCGGUAAAGAAGAUGCCAGUACUUCAGCUUCAUCAACUAACAGUCAACAUAUGGAUGGAAACAUUUUCCUUUUUCCGCCUACCCAUGUCAGUAGAAGGAGGGCGGCUAUUAGAUUGCAAGGACAAACAGUGUCAGAUACUAAGAGAGUGAAGACCAAAAAUCCAAAAGACAGUCCAAAAACGCCUGGACCUUUCCCUGUUGCAGACGGAGAAACUAAAACAGACGAUACCGAGAAUAAGACUGACAAAGAUGAAAAUAUUUCGCAGAUGCCAGGUGAAGAAAAAUCCAAGACUCCCACUCUGACACUAAGAGGUAUAUCCCAACCUGGUGAGCAAGACAGGUCCCAGGCAAAAGACAAAGUUCCCUUCAUUGGGUUUGAUGCGACACAUUGGCAUGAUGACUCGACAAUUCCAAGUCCUGUCGGCGAUGCAUCUGAUGACACAGCAUUAAAUACUCCAACGCAGCAGCCUUUGAACACCCCUACAUCACAACUUAACACUCCGAACCAAGAUCUAAAAACACCAACUGAGUCCCCGGUGAAAUCACUACAAUCUGGUCCGAUGAAACGAAAGCUUGAGGCUUCGCCUGGCACUCCUGAGAACUCAACAGCUUUUACUGAAACUUCCUUUUCGUCAAGUUCUUCGGGUUCAAAAUCAUCAGUUUCGUCCGGUGCCCCGUCGGCAAAAAGUUUAAGAUUUCAUUGCUUCACACCAAAGGAUUUUAACGAAGGCGUCAAUUGCUCAGCUUUUCGAAAACCGAGUGAAUUUGCUUCAGUACCUACUGAAUCUGCUAUAGCACAACGACGAAGACGACCGAGAAAACAGUUGAAUCCAUCUGCUGUGUCGACGCCAGAAGAUGAAAAAGCAAACGAUGUAACAAUGGAAGAACUUCCGUCAGAUGACGAUGGACAGGAAACUGAAGAAAUUAAAGCGUCUGCUAAGGAAGUGGAGAGUAAAGAUACAACAGGACAAAAAGAAGAAACAUCUACUACUCAAACCAAGAUUUCUCCACCAAAAAAGCCAAGCUUUCCCGGAUUUCCAAGAAUCUUAGGUGGGCAAAAUAUGCCAAUGCCAGAUGGAAAUAUUAUGGUCCUUGGAAAUCCAUAUGAUUCUCAAACACCGUCAUUUUUGCAGCUUGUCACACCGUCAUUGUUUCCUUCAGCUACAGGGGGAGGUCAAGAACAAGGACCUCGUCAGCAAACUCCAUUUUCAUCACAGCAAGUCAAUACUCCAGUUUUUCUACAUUCCGCACCGUUUCUUACUCCUAGUGGCUCUACUGUUGUUCGAAGAAUUUCACCAUCCAAUCUAAGUUCCAACACACCACAAUUCUUCACAUUUAUGCCCCAAGGUGGGCUCAUGACUCCAAAUAAGCCAUCAACGAAUACGCAAGAAAUUAAGUCGCCGAGUAAAAAGAUUGUCGAUAAACAACAAGACAAAUCACAGAAGUCAGAUGGGAUUAAUGAAAAUGAUAAAUCUGAUAAAGAACCUACAAAAAUCACAAAGGAUCGUCACAAGUCCAAGAGGUCAUCGAUGACCCUACCUUUGGGUGAAAUGAAUGUACCACCCUCUCCUGCGCUAACUGGAAAAGAAAGCGGUUUGCAAACUCCGUCCAAUCUCAAAGUGGUCACACCCAGUUUGACUCUCAAUAGCGCUAGUUCAGUACCGACGUCCGAAGGCUCUCAAAUAUUUAAUUUUCCAACGAGUGGAAUGCCAGGACUAUACCCAGGUCCACACUCUUCCGUUAGAGCUCCUCCUCGCGGUUACGUUCUAUGUACGCCAACAAAGUCAUCACCAACUGGAUCAAAAAUACUAUACCAGCCUUGUACAAGUCCCUCAACGACAGGUGGACCCAUGGCAUUAGUUCCAUUGGAAAUGCUAUCGUCUCCCCCUAAAAAAAUGAGGUCAGAUAAAGAUUCAUCCGGUUCUAAAACAUCAACACAAAAGGAGCCUACUGAAGAAGCUGAAUCCAAAGAAACCAAUGUCCCUGUUAUUGUUGUGGAGCCACCUAAGGACGAAAAGUCGAAGGAUAAAAGAAAGGCCAGUGCUUCGGCGAAUAAGUCAGCGGCCACUAUCUCGAGUAACACAACAUCGGACACCGAUGUCAGUGAAACGAACGCUCCGAAAGAACAAAAUGUAGCGACUGAUCCAUCACCUCCUAAACGAAAACCAAGAAAAAAAAGUACAGGAAGUCCGAAGGAUUUUCCUAAACCAUUGGCCCUUGGUCAUACGAAUAUUGACAACCCCAAUGUACAGACUCCAACAAUGAUCCAUUUGGUCAGUCCAUCUCAACACAGUCCUAAUUCUCCGUCUGUAGUUUUUUACCCCAUGAUGCGUCCACCGUUUGGACCUGGUCAUCAAGGAUCAAAGCUUCAGUCGCCAUUGUCUGCUGGCAGUAGUACUGGUGGAACACCUCCCAUUAUGGUAUUGCAAAGAUUCGGUGCCCCAGUUGGCAGCAGUUCACUUCUAAAAUCAGCAAUAAUGAAAAAUAUGCUCGUGUUUCAAUUCCCACCGCCGCCGACAACAUCAGCUACAACACAAGGUUCAGAUGAUCCCAAGUCUUUAACUAGCACUUCAUCAAGUACAAGUUCAACUGCAAGCACAUCUACGAGCGACUGCAGCAAGAUUACUGACAUUGAUGACAGUAGUGCGACCACAACACCUUCUGCCGCAGUAUCUGUAAUAUGUGGUCCCAGGGUAUCAACACCAAGAUUGUCAGAGAAACUUUCAGGUCCUAAUGAUCCUUGUUUAUCAGAAGCUGCCCAGGAAUAAACGCUCUACUCUACAUUAGAUGUCCAAAGUCAAGUGAAGCAAUAAUUCAAAUUAGGAUUAGUAUUUUUUAUAUAAUCACCAAGUUUGUCGAGUGGAAGUGUUGGAAUAAACAUUGGCUAUGAAUGAGGUAUGUUAUUGGAAAGGCAACAUAAAACUGUAUAAAUAAACAGAUUACGGUAAAUUAGAUUGCUUGCAUUGGUGGCUUGUUGGGUUUGCAUUUUAUGAUUUGCAAACGAAUGUAAUUAUUCUGUAUUCCUGCAUUGCCAACAUACUCAAAGUCUGUAACUCUAUUUUGGAAUUUGGAGAUCUAUGUGUAAUAUGUUGGCCAUUAUCUUUUUUAUAUAUUCUGGCGCAACAUUCUGGUUCUUUUCUCAACAUUUUUUCAUUUUGUUUUUUGUUUGGUGUAAUUCUUGUGAGAUGUUUACAAUCAUGUUCAACAAUACAGAAAAGAUAUAUGUAAUUUCUAUAAAUCGCUAUAUUUUUUAUCUUGCUUUUAUUUUGAGAUUACCCUUGCAUUUUAUUAUGUACAGUUUAAAUUUUGACCUUUGUUUCAUAAGGUGCUUAUUGUUUUUAUUUCAUUUUCUUAUAUUGAUAAAUAAUAAUACUAACAUCUACCAUUUUAAGUUCCCAGCAAUUGCACUAUUCCAUCGAACUUUUGUUUCAUUUCAUAUAUAUUCCUCUGUAUAACGGACGAACGAGUACUCGGUGCUGAACUUUUCACUAGUUGCAAUUGUGCCAUACAUUUUCACAUGUGUAUGGGAAUAUUCAACAUAGACGACUAAGUUGUUUGAUAAUCUAAAUACCCUAAAAAUGGUUUCCAUAUUUGCAACAUAUUUUGGGAAAAUAAAAUGCAAUAUUUCUGAAAACAAACAAAAAACGACGUCUGAUAAAUUUAAUGUUUUUGGAAAAAUUAUGUGAUACACAUGUUAAUAAUAGAAAUUACUUCUUUUAUCGAAAAUUUUGCCUGUCACCCAUGUGUUGUACUACUGGCUAUUCAUGGCUCAUGUGCUUUCUUUUCAUCUGUAUUCAUAAAUCUAAGCGAUCCAUUUGAACGCGUACAAUCAAUGGAUUUGAACAUAAAUUGGUUCAGUUCAUUUCUUCACUUUCUAGUACUCGUUAGUUAUAUCAUCGUUUUUGUUAGUCUGGGAGCCGUUAUUCAUUACUAUCACUUUUGGAAUUGGAGUACCACAAGAUGGACCUCUUAAGUACAUUAAUUUUUUUGUUUUAUAUAAAAUAAUAAAACGUUAGUUUUUUAUUCUUGUGUUACUGAUAUUUUGCUUAUGUAAUUCGAAGUUCUGUAUUAAAAGUCUUAAGUGCUAUAAAUAAAAUCAAAAUUUUAACAAA